AUGUCUGCAAAAAAGUCGCGUCAGCUGGUCAAACUGUUCCAAGAGUUGGGAACUUCUAUUGACCAAGCUCUCGGGAAACAAUCUUCAAAAUCAUCAAAGAAAUCUUUAACAUCCAACGAACAUAAAAAACCAAAACCACUCACACGAGAACAAUUAAUUGAUAAAAUUCAAGUUUCCGAUAAAUUAAAACAUUGCAUCUUCCAUCCGAGAAAAAUUCAAGAAUUUACCUAUGAUAUCUUACAACAUACAUCUUAUCCAGAUUAUUCGCUAAAUAUUGUGUUUUGUGGAAAUAAGUUUAUUACAAAAUUGAAUGAAAAAGAUAGGAGAAAAAAGGGACCCACCGACAUUCUUUCAUAUCCUACCUAUUCACCGAAUCUAGAACACAAUUUCCCAUUAAUGGACACUGAUGGAAAUGGUCCAAUUUCAAAAGAGCUAGCUGCAGUUUUGGCAAAUGAACACAAAUUAAUUUUGGAGCAAGAAAAGUAUUUGGGAGAAAUCAUCAUCUCGCAACCCUAUGUUGUGAAUCAUUGCAAAGAAAAGAAUAUUUCAUUGAAUCAUCAUAUGGCACUGCUUCUCACACAUGGAGUUUUACAUUUGAUGGGAUACGAUCAUGAGGCGAAAAAAGAUUAUAUUGUCAUGAAGGCAAAAGAAGAUGAAAUUUUAGCUGCCUUACAAAAAGAACGAUCCCCAGAAGAAUGGGCCAAUCUCAAUCUUUUAAAGGAUGACGUUGUGAAAGAAGACACCUGGUUGCUUAAUUAA